AUGGAAUUUUAUUCUAGUUUAGCUAGCUGCUAAAAUUUACAGACAGUAACAUUUGACUUGAGGUAUAUUGAAAAUAAUAAUGAUGAAAAAAUCUAAGCCUUCAACAUUCAAAAUUUAUAAUACUAAAAUAUGAUUGUAUUAUCUAUUAAUAUGAGUUCAUGUUCUCUAACUUAAUUUCAAGCUUUUGAUUUAGGAUUGGUUUAGAAUCUCACUUCAUUAAAUAUAAAUUUAAGCAAUAAUAAAUUAUCUAAAUUUGAAGAAUUAGCUGCUGGACUAGAAAAAUGUUUGCAUCUUUAAAACUUGGAUUUAAAUUUGAGUAAUAACCAGAUAGAAAAGGAAGCAGCUUAGUCUAUUAUAUAAUCAAUUACACACAUCUAAAAUAUUAGAAUAUUAAAACUCGAUUUUUCCAAUACUUUUUUUAAGCUCAUUGACUUUAACGUUUUAGAAGGAAAAUGUGAAAAAAUUACUCUGUUUUCAUUUUUAUUUGAAUAAUAAAGCCUUUAAUACAAUUAAUAAUCAGCUAUUAGAUUAGAUUAAUGGCUUACUAAUUGCAUGUAUCUGUCCACUUUAAAAAUUUAUCCUACGUAUCGUCACAGUGAUAUAAACAUUAAUAAACUUAAAAGAAAGCUAAAAAGAUUUGUUGCCAACAAAUGA